CCUCCAAGAUUCGAAUGCCUGCCUCGCUUCCUUGGUGUCUGAAGGCUGGUUACUUUGUUUGGGCACAGACCUCAUCACCAUUGGAGAGAGGAGCCUGACAGCCGUGUUCUCUCUGAGAUCACUGUGACCGUGUUCUUACUAAGGUCUCGGGGAGACUUUACUGAUGAAAUCUGUAAAAUGUAAUCAGAUGUGAGUUUUGGACUUUCCCAUAACCAAGGUCAGAAUGCUGCCCCUCCGUCAUGCUCUGGCUGUAGCUGUUGUCCAGAUCUUUAUCUUGUCAGAACACUGGGCAUUGGCCAAGAACAUCAACUUCUACAACGUGAGGCCUCCUCUGGACCCUACGCCAUUUCCAAAUAGCUUCAAGUGUUUUACCUGUGAAAAUGCAAGGGAUAAUUAUAACUGCAAUCGAUGGGCAGAAGACAAAUGGUGCCCACAAAAUACACAGUACUGUCUGACAGUUCACCACUUCACCAGCCACGGAAGAAGUACAUCCAUUACCAAAAAAUGUGCCUCCAGAAGUGAAUGUCAUUUUGUUGGCUGCCACCACAGCCGAGAUUCUGAACAUACAGAGUGUAGGUCUUGCUGUGAAGGAAUGAUCUGUAAUGUAGAGUUACCCACCAACCACACUAAUGCAGUCUUCGCCGUGAUGCAUGCUCAGAGAACAUCCGGCAGCAGUGCCCCCACGCUCUACCUACCAGUGCUGGCCUGGGUCUCCGUGCCUCUGCUGACAUGAAG